CCAAGUUCCUCAAACAAGUUUUACUUUUGCAAACCAAACGCUCUAACUUCCUGUAUUCUGUGAGCUGCGUUAUAAGCAACAUGACUGGCAGCCACAUUUGUUGUAAUUUUUUAAAUAUGUGGAAAACAAAUAAAAUAUCAACUAUGUAUUACGUGAACCAAGAUGCCAAAUUAUCUAACUUGUUUCUCCAGGCAAGCAGCCCAACGACAGGAACAGCUCCCAGGAGCCAGUCACGGUUGUCUGUGUGUCCAUCUACUCAAGACAUCUGCAGAUCUGCCAUCUUGCAUGACAUGUCAGAAGAUGCAUUUGAACAUUAUACCCCUGUCGUGGUGCUGAGCUCUGCUAGAAAGGAGUCUGGUAAGAAACCAUUAAAACAGAGGCCUAGGAGAAGGAAAAGGGCCUCAGAGAGAUAUGAGCAUGCAGACGAACAAAUGGAAGGGAGGAGAAAUGAUAUGAACCUCCAAAUCUUAAACCCCAGCUGGAGUGAGCUUCAUGAAGAUUCUUCAGAUUCAUCUUCCACAGAUGAGAGUCAUUGGAUUCAGGCUAAAAGAAGAGCCCAAGUUAAGUUCAGACUGUCACGAAGGAGAAGGAUAAAUAAUAAUAGUAAGCCUUGUAGAAACUUGGGUGUGCCUUCCCCACCUAAAAGAACUGAACUUACUGAUUUGGGAACCAAAGUUACAAAGCAACAAGGGCAGAUCGAAUGUGAGAGUUGCUUUAUAAAUCAGCGAAGAGGAGAAGGCACAAGGCUCCAAGAAUGCAAUCUUUCCCCGCCUAGAGAAUCCUUUGAAAUUAAGAGAUACUCAAGGAUUCAUGAGGAAAACAAAGGUAGACACCACCAGAGAAACUCUCGGCUCUUGCCUAGUCUCAGGCAAAAUGCAACAAUCAAGAAAAGACUUUCAGAGAGAGAUUCCAGCACUGAAAUAUUGGAUGUUCCAGAAGCUGGCGAGCAUGUGGAUGAUUCAGGGCUCCGGGUGAAUAACUCUGUUCAGGAGCCUCCUGCCACCUGUGAUGAUGGGUCUGAUAGUUUAGAAGUAUGCAGGAUCUGUCACUGUGAAGGGGAUGAAGAGAGCCCCCUCAUCACACCCUGUCGCUGCACCGGCACCCUGCGCUUUGUCCACCAGUCCUGCCUCCACCAGUGGAUCAAGAGCUCAGACACGCGCUGCUGCGAGCUCUGCAAAUAUGACUUCAUAAUGGAGACCAAGCUCAAACCUCUCCGGAAGUGGGAGAAACUACAGAUGACCACAAGUGAAAGGCGGAAGAUAUUCUGCUCCGUCACAUUUCAUGUGAUUGCCAUCACCUGCGUGGUUUGGUCCUUGUAUGUAUUAAUAGACCGGACAGCGGAAGAAAUCAAGCAAGGCAAUGAUAACGGUGUCCUUGAAUGGCCAUUUUGGACAAAGCUGGUUGUGGUAGCCAUUGGCUUCACGGGCGGUCUGGUCUUCAUGUACGUACAGUGUAAGGUCUACCUUCAGUUGUGGCGCAGGCUGAAGGCCUACAACCGUGUGAUCUUUGUGCAAAACUGUCCAGACACUGCCAAAAAACUGGAGAAGAACUUCUCAUGUAAUGUAAACGCAGACAUCAAGGAUGCUGUGGCAGUGCCUGUAUCACAAACAGGUACCAGCUCACCUCCCCCUGCAGAGGGCGGCCCCCCUGAAGUUCUACCGGUUUGACAGACCCAGUUGGGAGUUCCUUCACUGAAGAAUAAGCCCUCAGCCACUACAAAUGACAGAAGUGAUCCUGAAUUACUCUCUCCCUUUAUCUUCCCCUCUUUCUCCUACUGACUCAAAUGGCCAGGAUCUCAUGAAGCAAAGCCUAAAGUGUGACAUGGAAAUGUGAAAAGUUUGCCAGAGAAUGAUGUCUAAGACAAUUCAGCACUAUUGGGGAAACAAAUGCUUUUAGGCCAUGACAAGAGACUUAUUGGACACGUGAUAGUCUUCACAGCAACAGCGGAAAAGCUGAAGAACAGAGACUUGAACUGCAAUGCAUAUCUCCUCUAGGGCCUUGUAGGGUAACUGUCUCAUCUGGAAAGAACAUACUUGGUUUAAAGCUUGAAAUUGCCUGCGUUGUCCCUAGUCACACCACAAGUAAAACUGGAGGAUGCACAUUGUGAUAUUCAUACUUUGACAGCUAACAGAUUUUUAUGGCUAUAGUGGAGUCAAAUGUUUGGACAGAUGCAUGUUUUUAAAAUAGUUGCAAUACACAUUUAAAAAUAUUAAUACUUAGUAUUAUGUUUAAGUCAUGAACAAAAGAUUUUCAGAGAAUUUUCUGGCGUAAUUAGUUCUGCUCUGUUAAAACACUCUCAGAAGUUGAAACCAACUAUUGGGUCUUAUAUUUUAUCUCUGUAUUUGCCCCUCUAAAACAGUACUGUCUAGUAGAAAUAUGUGAGACACAAAUGUGGGCCACAGAUACAAUUUUAAAUUUUCUAGUGACCACCUUAGAAAAAAUAACAAGUGAGAUUAAUUUUGAUAAUACAUUUAACCUUUUACUUCCAAAUUAUCAACAUGUUAUCAAUAUAUCAAUAUAAAAAGUUAUUAGUGAGAUAGUUUACAUCUUGUUUUUUUUUUGAACCAACUCUUCAAAAUCCAUAUGUAUUUUAUCUUUACAGCAAAUCUCAAUUUGAACUACCGUAUUUUUACACAAAUAACGUGAGCCUUCUGUAUUUCUUUGCCAACUAAGUUCCCUCCCACCUUGAGGUAUUCUCAUAAAUGCGCUACAAUGAUUUUUAUCACUGCAGCAUGUAAAAAAAAAAAUUGGCAGUGGUGUUUACAAAAAUACCUCAUGGGGGAGGGGGAGGUUGGCAACAUAGAAGGCAUGCGUUAUUUGAGUAAAAAAUGCAGUAACCACACUGGACAGCACAGCCUAAAAUAAGAAACUAAGCCUCUACUUAAUAACUAAAUGUUUUAGAAUAGCAGCUUACUUCAUCCUUUUAUUCGAAGUCUCACAAAUGUUACAAAAGCACUAAAUUAACCAAAUUAAGUAUCCUGCUUAAGGAUUAAACGAAGCUAUCAUUUCCCUGAAGCAGGUAUAAAAGAUAAAGCAAUCUGUCUGUGUAAAAGUUCUGAAAUUAACUUCUUUUUGCUACUAUGAAGCACUUAUGUUAUGGGAAAACAAAUAUUUUUGUCAUCAAAGCAAAUGUGUAAGGUUAUGAGGUAUUUUUUACCCACAUGAGGUGUCAACUUGAUAAAUGAGCAGUUAUGACAAAGCAUCUAGACCCUAUUAUAAGCUGACAGUAUAUCCCUUGCUCAGUUGGGAAGCAAAAAUAUUCAACAGAGUCUAUGAUAAGUGAUAAACUGAGUUGCUUUGGUUUGACAGUUUAGUUGAUUGUGUCCUUUGCAUAUUCAUAUAAAACUGAAGUGUGUAUGAUAUUGCAGUGAGCUACAUUAAUGGUUAUAGAUACAGUGGCCUGUCAAAAAAGAUGUCCUGCAUAAAAAGAUAGAUGGUUCAUCUUUGUUAGCUGUCGUAUUUAUUACUGUGGAAAGGCAACCAUGAUGGCGCCAAGAACCAAAGCAUGGGUAGUGCACCACGCAAUCUGGGAGUCACACUGAGGCACUUUGUAAUCACUAGUGUGCUUGCUCUUCACAGGUUAUCAUGGGAAAAAGGACAAAAACAACCUUUUAAUGAGGAAAAAGACUGUAUUAAUAUUGGUAGGGCUGACACUGAGUCCAAACAGUCCUAAUCCCUACCAAAAAAAAAAGUUAAACAACAUCAAUUUUGUGUGUGUGCUGUGUGUGUGUGUAUCCAUGUAUAUACAUGAGAAAAAUGUUAAGAUCUGCAAUCAGGAAAUAAAAGGUUUAAAACUCAUCUUUCUUAAAACUUCGUAGGGAUGUGGAAUAAAGGAAUAGACAGAACAAAGUAGAUGUAACUAAACUGGACCAAAAAUUCUGCACAAGUGGUGUUUUAAAAAAUACAUGAAAUUUUAGAAACUAUACUUUGUUUUAACGUCAAGUUUCUGUUUCAAAGGUUUAAGGUAAAUAACAUCCAUGUUUAACAAUCUUUGGGUGGUUUAACCGUGACGCUUCACCCAAGGGAUUCACGUGCAUUCAAAUUUCCUGUUAAUUUUCUUAAACUUUUACCUAUUCCAUUUUUCCCUGAUUUAGCAAUGCCAACAUGUUGUUUACAAACAUUCCUGGGGUAAAAAAUCUAGUCACCAGCAAACAAAGACAUGUUGAUUGCUCUUUUGUUUGCACUGGAGAGAUAAUGGGUUAUUUAGCUUAAUUACUACCAAAAAUACUGUUUAAUUCUGCACAAAUCUAAGCAAGAUAUGUCAAAGCGCACAGCCUAUGUCACAGUGGGAGAUGAUUGGCUAAAAUAAGGCCUCAUUUAUGAAAGGCUACAUUUAACACUAAGAAAACGUUUUUAGAAAGAAAUGCAAGGGCAGCGUUUCUAUUUAAAAAAAAAAAAACAAAAAACCACGGCUGUUGACUCAAUUUCGACUCAUAU